AUGGCAGCAGAGAACUACCCUCCUCAUUCGUCCUUUGCAGUGAGUAGUGUGGAGGAUGAAGAAAUAACCGAAGAUGAAAGCCUAAGAAGUCGUAUUAUUAGCAUAGUCAAGGAUUCCGAGAAGUACACUAUCCGACCUGCCAGAUUAUCAUCCGAGCUUGGAAUCAGCAUUGACGAAGCUAAUGCUGAACUUUGCGGCUUACUAAAGGCAGUUGGAAAGGGAUCAAGCUUUCACUUUGAGGACGUCGGCGGUGUCAAUUCGAUGGUUUUUAUCUUUCCACUUGAUUUUGAAAAGCGGGCAUUUCGCAGUGAGCGCAAUGAAGACUUAAAAACGCUGCUACUGGUUGCCUUGCAAGUUGGAGUCAAAAUUGCAAAAGUCCUGACUGCCUUUGGAUUGAUCUUAUCCACUGUCAUUGUUUCGAUUGCGGGAAUGGUUGCCUUGGUGGCCGCCUUGGUUGCACUGUCUCGUGGUGGUGGAGACUCUCGGCAUGCCCGUGCCUCUGUUUCCAGACAGAUACACCAUUUGUUCAUCACCGUACGGCAGCUGUUGUGGUGUUAUGCAAUGUUCGCUCCCACGGACGAUGAGCAAGACCCUUUCUUUCGUGAGGCAGCAUAUGAUACAUGGCUAGUCUUGAGUUUGUGCUGUGGAAAUCCCUCUAGCAUGUGGUUUUGGCUACGGGCACGACAUUUCCGACGUAGACGAAGACGGUAUGCACGAGGAUGGGCUUCAAACAACUACAGCGUCCUUGAAGAUUCAACGUCUGAUUUGGAGGGUGUCAGUCUGAUACGGCGAGGAACUUGGGGUGAGGAGCAGCGCGUCCCUAUUCCGCAAGCGACCGAAGAACGCCGAGGACUGUUAUCUGUUGCUGUCGAAUUUCUUUUCGGCCCAAAUUCCCCUCCCAGUCCAACUGAAGAAGAAAAAUGGAAGCUUCGCGGUGCGAUUAUUGUAGAUAAGUCGCUUAGCCGCAACGGGUCAAUCACACUGCGUGAAUUGGCACCGUUCGUGGACUCUCCUCCUUCAAAUUGGGAAAAUAAAAGACAAAUCAUCUCUGAAGGACUGCUGAUUAUAGCUCAUUUCAAUGGAAAGCCAUCGCGUGUUUCAAAAGAUGGGGACGGAGAUACAUCAACAGCGGCGUUCGACUUUCCAGAAAUCGUUUCUGAAAGUCGCUUUAGUACCCACUACAGUGGCCCGAGUCAAGAAGAGGUAGCAGUGCUGGAACAGAAAAGUCUUUUAUUUGUCACUGAGAAGACGAUAUCAUCCAGCAAUCGAGAUGAGCUCAACCCACUUCCAAAAUUUCUGUACGAAGAGUACAAAUCACUGACACAGCUCACUCAGAAGCAAUUUCUCCACUGUUUUGCAGUUGCUCUUCUCAACCUUAUUGGAGUAAUUUGGUUCGCACAAUCGCUGGAACCGGGGGGUAUCCUUGACCAAAGCCUUGGACCGGUUUCGUCAACGCUGAGAUGGUCGCUGAUCCCCAUCUUACUAUUUUAUGCCAAGUUUUUCUUUUCAAUACCUGCUAUGCGCCUGGUAUACAUCUUGAUCUGGAACAAACGUUGUAGGCUUCGAAACAACAGACGCCGCAAGCUAGCCAAAUUGCUUGAGGUGGAGACUAGCUAG